UAGUACCACCACUUCUGUUCAGCCCGAGGGCACAACGCUUUCCCAAACCCUUCACCGCCGUCUUCCUCCCAAAAAAAUGUCACAGUCGGAGGACACAACAACCGUAGAUAGAAUCAGCGAUUUAUCCAACGAAAUUCUAUGCCACAUUCUCUCCUUUCUCCCAAUCAAACAAGCUUUCACUACCACCCUCCUUUCCAAGCGGUGGGCCCCACUCUGCUACUCACUCACCGUUCUCUCCUUCAACGAUCAUGAUUGCGACACCUUCGAUCACUUUACUCUCUUCCAUCGCUUUAUCGAUAAACUCAUGCUCUCUCCCUCCGUCUCAAACCAAUUCCUCAAAACCUUUCGUCUCAAGUUUCGUUCUGCAAUUUAUUAUGCUGAUGGAAAAAGCUUCCACGCAUGGGUAGAAGCUGCAAAACGACGUCGUGUGGAGGAAUUCAAUCUCAGAAUGAAUAACGAGACGUUGAAUCCAACCAUCUUCACCUCUAGAACACUUGUUGUUCUGAAACUUGAGAAAGUAGAAGUUGAAGCUGCAACUUUAUAUGUUGAUCUUCCAUCUCUCAAAACCCUACAUUUGAAAUUUGUCCGUUUUGAAAAUCAGAAUGAUAUCAAAAGAGUUCUUAAUGCUUGUCCUAAUCUACAAGAUCUGCAUACUUGUUAUCCUAGCUUUAUAAGACGCGAGGAGAAUAAUGAAGAUGGAGAGUUUAAAUCAUUGUUCUUGUCUAAAUUGGUUAGAGCUGAGGUUGGUUCAAUCGAUGUUCCGUUUAAUUCGAUUUGUAAUGUCGAGUAUUUGCGCAUGAUCAGGGCACAGGAGCCAUCUUUGGAGAUGAAUGUUGAAGAGAUCUUCAAAGGCAUUCCGGUGUUUUGAAACUUAAUUCAUGUUGAGUUAUGGUUUUAUGGAUUCUUUCAUGGUUGGGAUGGUGUAGUAGAAUUGCUCCGGCAUUGUCCUAAGCUUCAAAUUCUUUUCAUUAGAAAGUGGAAUACCGGCUUAUCCAAGGAUUGGGACUGCCCAAUAUUGGAUCUUGAAUGUGUUUCGUCUCACCUUAGAUCAUGUACUAUUUUAAAUUUUGAUGGCUCGGAGAAUGAUCUUCGAUUUUCAAGGUAUAUUUUGCAGAAUGCGAGGAUUUUACAAGAUAUGACGAUCAAUGUUACUACUAGCUCCUCAAAUGGAAUGCAAAAGCAUCAAGUUAUUGAAGAAUUAUCUUCCUGUCUAAGGAUGUCGCGGGGAUGUGAACUUUCAUUUGAAUUUAUGUAGUCUACUAGAAUUAUCAUUAUCGUUUCUCAUUAGUACCUAUUAUGCAACAAGUAAAUUUGAUGGUUUGGUGAUUUUUUUUGUAUGGUGGAAUUCUAGGGAAGACAACCAUUGUUGCUUGAAAUCGAUUCUGUUCUGAUGCUUUUAAGACAGUUUUAUUUUGCUCUGAUGCAUUGAAAGUGAGAAUAUUCCAUGUCUUGUAUUAGAAGUUAUCCUCCUAUUGUCAGAGUUGUUUGAUUGUGAUAUUCUAAUUGUUUUCACACAUGUUGCUGCAACUAUUAUCCUUUCUUUGAAGUUGAAUA